ACAUCAUCAAAUUUGGUCAUUCAAGGGAUCAAGAUCUUCAGAUCGAACUAAUAAAUGACAAAGGAACAUAAAUGUAAAUGAAAAUUAAAGACAGAAAUAAAUGGAUGAAUUAAUAUGGGAAUAUGAACAGCUUUCAGGUGGCAGAGUGGGUGGCCAUGCUUGAUAAAUGUCGCUGUAUUGUGGCGGAGCUCUAUGCACACAAAAUUUUGCAGCCAAUAAAGGAAGUUCAAGCCGACAUACUCGAAUGAAUGUUACAUAUAUUUUGAUGGACGAUGCACGAUUGAAUGUCAUUCAUCCACUUUGUGCUUGUUAGUAAGGCAACGUCUUUGUCAAAUUAAUAUAACAUGACGAAAUUCUUGUGUAUAGAGAGAGCUGUAGAGCUGUUUUUUUUUUUUUCCUUCCCUCCUUUUCGUGAAGUUCAGUGCGUAGUUACCUAGAGCGUGCUGCUACCUUAUUGACUAUAUAUCCAUGUGGGUGUCUCUGUGAGCUGAUUUACAGGCCAGGUCUAGUUUCUAACUAGCUACCACUACCAGUUCAAUAUAUUACUAUGACUGAAAAUCAGCCGCCUGACCAUGAAGAAAAAAACCUCAGCAGUGAGUGUAAGGAACUCCUUUCUGUCCCCAAAGAAAGAGGCUGGAUAACCCAUCUGCGCCAAUAUCAAUUCCAAGGUUUUUGGUGCCCAUCAGCAGAAGUAUUCCAAGCCGUAAUCUCUUUCCAAAAGCACUUCCAUGCUAAAGACUCCGACGUGGUUGUGGCCAGCCUACCCAAAUCCGGCACAACAUGGUUAAAAGCCUUGACUUUUGCUAUUUUGAAUCGACACCGUUUCGAAAUACAGACCCAUCCCUUGCUCACUUCCAACUCCCACAAUCUUGUGCUAUUUUUUGAGUUGGAUCUCUAUACAAGCAACCUAGUUCCUGAUUUCUCAUCCAAGUUUCCUGAGCCAAGACUCUUUGCGACCCAUAUUCCCUUUCCUUCUUUGGGUACAAUUAAAGAGUCCAAUUCAAAGAUCAUUUAUGUUUGCAGAAAUCCAUUCGACUCAUUUGUUUCUGCCUGGCAUUUCGUUAACGAAGUCCGUCCGCAAUCUUCAUCUCCAUUGUCGCUUGAUGAGGCCUUUGAUAUGUAUUGCCAAGGCAUGAGUGCGUUUGGUCCAUUUUGGGAUCACAUUUUGGGGUACUGGAAAGAGAGCUUGAAGAGACCUAACAAUGUGUUAUUCUUGAAGUACGAGGACAUGAAGGAAGAUGGUGUAGUUCACUUGAAGGCAUUGGCUAAGUUUUUAGACUGCCCUUUCACUGAGGAGGAGGAGAGAAACGGUGUGAUUGAAGCAAUAGCAAAGCUCUGUUCUUUUGAGGCCAUGAAAAAGUUGGAGAUCAACAAAACUGGAACGUUUGUCAUGAACUGGGAGAACAAGACCCUGUUCAGAAAAGCUGAGGUGGGAGAUUGGGUUAACUAUUUGACCCCUAAGAUGGAGGAGAGAAUGUCUAAAGUCAUAGAAGAAAAGUUGGGUGGUUCAGGCUUGACUUUCAAAGUGAUUCCCGAGCUAGCAGAUCCUGUCCAGUAGAGCUAGUUCGGGGUCCCUUUUAACGUAGCUCUCUGGUUAAUUUCACCAUUGAUAUACCAUCGCUUUUGUGUUUACUUUCCUGCAAUGGGCUUUAGCAUUUCAAUUAAUAAAUGUAUGGUUUCCUGCU